CGCGUCAGAAAAGCAUCGCCUGAUUUCGUCGAUUGCGCGAUUCCCCCACUUGCGACUGGCCGCGCCGCAGAAGCAAGCAAAUUUUCGCCGUGAUUGAACGUUCCGUUCGGGUUCCAGCGGGUAACUUUGAAAAAAACCAGUGUCCGCGGAAGCCGCCGUGUUCCGCCGUCGCGUGUGUGACGAAAUUGUGUUCCUAUUUGGAGGGAUUCUGAAAGAAAGAAGUUUUUUUUAGUGGAAGUGAAAAAAGUGGUUCCUCCUUGAGAGGUGAAGUUCUUUCCCCGCGGAGGCCAAGUGCAAUAAAAGAAAAUAAACCAGGAAGAAGCCUGGUCGGUGUCGACGACGUCGGUGACGGCACUCCGUUUGGAGGUGGUGAUUCAGGAAAAAUCUAGAAGAAAGUAAAGUUUGUCCCGUGCGGGAACACGGCAAGGUACAGAAACCGGAAGUAUUUGCAGUUUGACAAGGAGAAGGAGAAGCAGCGGCGGAAGAUGAAUUUCUACAAAAACAAACUGCUGCAGGCGGGCCAGCUGAAGAAGCUCGGCGAGCACAAGUAUUCCUGCACCAGCGUGAGCCUGCUGGAUCCGAUUCUGCAGCCGUGGUGGUGCUGGCUCGUGGCCAGGGUCCCGCUCUGGCUCGCCCCGAACCUGAUCACGAUCGUGGGGCUGGCGGUCAACAUACUGACCACGCUGAUCCUAAUCUACUACAGUCCAAAUGGCCGCUCCGAGCCGCCCCGGUGGGCGAGUGCCCUGUGCGCGCUCGGUCUGUUUGUGUACCAAAGUUUGGACGCCAUCGACGGCAAACAGGCCCGGCGGACAAACUCGUCGACGCCCCUCGGGGAGCUGUUCGACCACGGCUGUGACUCGAUCUCGACCGUGUUCGUGGCCCUUUCGGCGUGCAUCUCCGUCCAGCUGGGCUUCUACCCGCGGUGGAUGUUCUUCCAGUGCUUUUGCGCGAUGACCCUGUUCUACUGUGCCCACUGGCAGACUUACGUGUCCGGCACGUUGCGCUUCGGCAAGAUCGACGUGACGGAGGCGCAGUGCACGAUCAUCGCCAUUCACCUCAUUUCGGCCGUCUUUGGGCCCGGGAUCUGGAUGACGAAAAUGCCGCUAAUCGGGCUCACGUGGAACUACACGGUGAACGCGUUCUUCUCGCUCGGCUAUCUGCAGGUGUUUGUCACCUUCUGCCGGACGUUCCGGGAGGGUGGCGUCGGUAAAAAUGGCUCAACCGUUGCUGGAACCAGCGUGCUGUCCCCCAUCAUACCGUUUCUGUUUGUAGUGGUCCCGGCGUACGUCAUUUCCCAGAAAUCGCCCGACCACAUCUACGAGAACCAUCCGGCGCUGUACAUCAUGGCGUUCGGCAUGAUCACCGCCAAGGUCACCAACCGGUUAGUGGUCGCCCACAUGACCAAGAGCGAAAUGGAGUACCUGGACUGGGGCCUGAUCGGGCCGCUGUGUCUGUUCCUGAACCAGUACUUCAACUGCUUCCUCAGCGAGUACUGGGUGCUGUGGUUCGCGAUGCUCUGGUGCACCUUCGACCUGAUCCGGUACUGCGGGCAGGUCUGUCUCGAAAUCUGCGCCUACCUGAAGAUCGAGCUGUUCCGGAUCCCGUACCCGCCGAAGCCGCUCAUGACGUCACAAGGUACGAACCCCCAGCAGCAGCAUCAACACCACCACCACCACCACCAUCACGAAACCCGAAACGGAACUAGUAGUACGAAUCAGCAGCAACAGGGCCAACAGUCCCAGCAGCAGGCAAAUCGAAAGCAAACGCGCGCUAGCAGUAGAAAGCAUAACAGCUCGUCGCAGCACCAAUAACGCGGCGUCGAUUAGGGUGGUUCAGGUUUUUUUUUCUCGUUUUGUUGAUUUCGAGGGAGAGGACUUUUGGUGAGGCCGUAAAAACGCGGGGAGUUUUUUUUGUUUUUCAGUAAGCCGGUACCAAAAAUAAGAUAACCCAGCGGAGAGUGUGUACUACUAGAAACGUAAUAAUUUGUGAGAAUUAAAUAAAAAAAAACAGUUAGAACGUGUAUCUUAGCGGUUUUAAAAACGGUACAUUAAAAUAUACACUGAGAAAUAUGAAACACUCAACCAGACAGGUAUUUAAGAUUAGAGCCAGCAGCUUUCAGGCAAAUUUAGGAUUGCAAAGUAGGCGGCUUGACUAGUUUAGUAGUUUGAAGUUUGCAGCGCGUUACCGAGUCGACGCAACGGUUACUAAGCAACAGUGUGGAGAGUGAUGUCAAACAGAAUCGUCCACCGAGAUCGUAUCUCCCUAAGUAGGCCAAAUUAGCAAAGCUUUUGUAGAUCGGAAACUAAUUCACAAUUUAGAGGAGAAGAAAGCCGCGCUGUGCAGUGCGAUUGCUGUAAAUUUGCUAAAUCAAAGUAGCCAUUGAGUGUCUCUUGAAAUCUAACGCUCCCUCCCCCUUGAACUGUUCGUGACUAAUUUAUGCGAAUCUUCUCUUUUCUGUGCACUAAACAAACCAAUCCAAGCAAGCGUCCGAGAAGAACGCGCAAUCUAGUAACUUUUGAAUGUCAGUCAGAAUCAGUUAGAUGUCGUCGUCAUCGUUGUCCGGUUUUUUCGAUGUUUGUGUUGUCGAGUACUGACCACAACCUGGAACUACGCCCCCUCCCCUCCUCGUCCAGAAAAUUGUCCCGCCCGCCUCGCCCUUACACCUUGCUUUUAUACUUGAAGCUUUCUGUUUAAUUUAUCGUCACACGCCUACUACUACUACACACACGUCACACACACACUUUUUUUCAGUUCGUCUCGAGACCCAAUUUAGGACCCACAAUUUUGUUAUUGUUCUGUUAUGUUAUGUAUCUGGAAAGAUCCCCCCUCGCUUAAAUAAAAUUUGCGGUUUUUGAUAAAGUUUUAUUUAUCAAUAGUCAGAAUGACAGACGCAAAAAAAAAAUCUUAGUCCCUUUUCCGUUUAACCUUGUAAUAUCGCUAGAAAAGUGAUUGAAAACCCCGGUAAUGUCGAAGUUGCUCAGCUGCUGUGGAGAGAGAGAGAGGAAGUGAUUUUAACCACCCGAUUUUUUCGUCAGUGAAGUGUAACCAACUGACACGUAAAACCAAAAAGCAUACAACACACCACACAUUACACAUAAUAGAGAAUUUGUUUGAAUGCGGAUGAA